UUAGCGCGAAGAAAAUUCGAUUUCCACGAAGACUAAUGGGUUUCGAAAUCGCACGACGAAGACGAAUUAUCGCGUUGUUCGCCGGAUUUCAUCGCUCUGGCAGACAACUUAAUUUGAUAUAGACGUAAUGGCGUCCAGAAAAAGACUUGAUUACGCCAAAGAAUUAUCAUCGUGCCAACGAAGUAGCAAACUGGAUAUGAACAAACGAAUGAUGAACGAACAACGAGUAUCCAACAAAUUUCUCCAAAAGAAAUUUCCCCAGAGGAAAAUUCAAAACUGCCGUACAUUCGAAAUGGUAUUUUUACUCCAACUGUGCAAAUCUGCGAUCAAGCUUACUGUACAAUUACUCGGUACCUUUCUCUUUCCUCGUUCGCGAUUAAUUCUUUCGAUAGGAGGCAACGUGCCAAACACACUUCGAACUUGUACCAAUAAAUCACGUCGAGUCACGGUUACCGUCAUACGUAUGUUUCAUUUUCCUUUUACAACGUUUCUUCUCGUUAUCGAUGGCCCCGUGUAAACGGUGUAAUUUGUUCUCGAGGACCUAACGCGCAACGAACGAUAAAACGAAUGAACUUUUUAGCUGGAAACGAACGUGAUUAAGAAUUGCCGGAGCAAAAAUCUUUGAGCAGAUAAGAAACGCUUUUGCACGUACU